AUGCGUAGCUCUGAGGGCGCGGCGUCCUGGGCUGUGGCUUUGCCCCCGCCGCUGCGGCCGUGCGCCCAUGGCGUCUCCGAGGUGACCCGCUGCUGGCACCAACUCUCUCUGGGGGCGGGGGCAUCAUCCAUGAACCCGUUGGCGACCUUAUACCGGCGCCAGAACAUCGGAUCAGAAGUUGAGAAUUCCACGAUUGAGAAGCAGCGGAAGGAGCUUCAGCUGCUCAUCGGGGAACUGAAAGACCGCGAUAAAGAGCUCAAUGACAUGGUCGCGGUGCAUCAGAGACAGCUUCUCUCCUGGGAAGAGGACCGGCAGAAAGUGCUGACCUUGGAGGAGCGCUGCAGCAAGCUAGAAGGUGAGCUGCAUAAAAGAACUGACAUAAUCAAGUCACUGAUGAAGAAGGUCAAGACCCUGGAGUCCAAUCAAGCAGAAUGCCAGGCAGCUCUUCAGAGGACGCAGCAGCAGCUCCAGGAGAUGGCUCAGAAGGCCACACACUCCGCCCUCCUCUCGGAAGACCUUGAGGCUAGAAAUGAGAAUCUCAGCAGCACAUUAGUGGACCUCUCUGCUCAGGUAGGACAAUUGCAAGCUAGAGAGCAGGCUCUCACUACCAUGAUAAAGCUAAAGGACAAAGAUAUUAUUGAGGCAGCCAAUCACAUUUCAGAUUGUUCGGGUAAAUUUAAAUUGUUAGAGCAUGCUUUACGUGAUGCCAAGAUGGCAGAGACUUGUGUUGUGAAAGAAAAGCAAGAUUAUAAGCAGAAAUUGAAGGCACUUAGGAUUGAAGUCAAUAAACUGAAAGAGGAUCUAAAUGAGAAGACAACAGAAAACAACGAACAACGAGAGGAGAUCAUUCGGCUCAAGCAAGAGAAAAGCUGUCUGCACGAUGAACUAGUUUUUACUGUCGAGAGGGAAAAGAGGAAAGACGAAUUACUUGAUAUUGCAAAGUCAAAGCAAGAUCGUACAAAUUCUGAGCUACAGAAUCUGAGACAGAUUUAUGUAAAACAGCAGAGUGACCUGCAGUUUCUUAAUUUCAAUAUAGAAAAUUCUCAGGAAUUAAUACAAAUACACAGCUUAAAGAUGGAGGAACCAAAGGCCCUGGAGUGCAGCAAGGAGAUGUGUUUAUCAGACCUUGACAAUAACUACCCAAAAACCGAUAUUAAAAGAGAGAGAAAUCAGAAGUCAUUGGUUAAGGAUCAAAAGUUUGAGGUCCCGUUGGCUCAGCACAAUAGGUCAGACAAGAGCUCUUGUGAUGCUUGCAGAGAGAAGAAGCUACAGGUUAAUACCGCACUCGGGGAAAAAAGUGUAAUUGCUCUCUCAUCUCUAUUUACCAAAGACUUACUGGAGAAGCAAAAGUCUUGUUCUCUGGGUGGAAAAAUCCAGACUGAACCGGAAAGCAAAGUUACCCUAUGCAAGGUUCAUGCAAAGUCACCAAAAUGCAAUGGAGUGGAGCUUCAGAUGGAAGAGAGACAGCUCUCGGAAAGCUCCGUCUCGCUGUCUGAUGAAAAGCAGUGGCAUGACAUCAAUGUCUACCUGGGCCUGUCCAGCUGCUCAAAACAGCCAGGCAAGCUGGACGGGGACUGUCACGACCCCAUAGAAACAUCAGAAGUCUCCUACUGCGUCCCAAAUGAAGUCUGUAUAGGUGACAAUGACCUGUCCGAGUCCAAGUGCUGCCACCCAAGUACCAUCAUCAUCGAAGCCCCAGGACAUAUGACUGAUGCAGAGUGGAUGAACAUUUUCAAGCCUUCCAGAGCACAAAGGAUUGUUCGCCACAAAACCAUGUGCACUUGUUCAAGAAGUGUCAGUGCAAUGAAAUAUAAUUCCUCAGCAAGUGAGCUCAUUGGCAUCCAGCCUCCCCAGUGUUUGGGUUCCUCCAAGUUUGCUGAAAGAGAAGAUGAGUCAGAGGCUCUUCCUGACAAAAGAACCUCAGCCAAUGAAAAGGAUGACUUUUCUCCUACGAGUAAGCUCCAACGGCUGCUGGCCGAGUCUCGGCAGAUGGUCACGGAUCUGGAGCUGAGCACGCUGCUACCCAUCAGCUGCGAGAAUCUCAACAGAAGUAAAUUAGAAGUCUCAGAAGAGCUAGAUGAAAAAACCACCCUUGUCAGUCAUUGAAAGAGACAAAGUCAACUUGGAC